UUGAUUAGAGUUUCAGAGAAUUCAAUCAGGAAGUUGAUUCCUUAUUUGGCAAAGAUUUGCGUCUCAGUACAAACGGACAAAUCCAAGGCACAAUUCAUGGCACAAUCAAAAUGUUCCAGUCAUCUUCUUGUGGCUGCCUUCGACUUCGGAACUAUAUAUAGUGGCUAUGCGUUUUCUUUCCGCGACAACCCACUCAAAGUACAAACUAAUCAGGGAUGGAACGCAGGGUCAGAGAAACUGAUAUCCCUCAAGACACCGACGUGUGUUCUGCUGAAUAAUAAAGGGGAGUUUCACUCAUUUGGGUUUGAAGCAGAGAAUAAAUAUGCUAGUCUCGCUGAAGACGACGAACACCAUGGAUGGAUGCUUUUCAGAAGAUUUAAAAUGCUGCUGCACAACAAUCAAGAACUUUCAAGGAAAACAAUUGUUGAUGAUAUAAAUGGGAAAAGCAAGCCAGCAAUGUCAAUAUUUUCUAUGUCUAUCCGAUAUCUGAGAGAUCAUCUGCUAAAAGAACUCAAUAACCGAACAACCGGCAUUGAGGAAACUGACAUCCAAUAUGUGAUUACGGUUCCAGCUAUUUGGAAGGAUAAUGCUAAGCAAUUCAUGCGAGAAGCUGCAGAACAGGCUGAUAUUGACACAUCCCGUCUGAAACUUGCAUGGGAACCGGAAGCGGCUUCUAUCUGGUGCCAGAUAAUCAAAACAGAGGCAAAGUGUGCUCUGUCAGGAGUCGGGAAGUAUAUGGUUGUAGAUUUAGGAGGUGGCACAGCUGAUAUAUCUGUUCACGAAAAAUGUCCAGACGGAACUUUGAAAGAAUUGCACAAGACUAGUGGUGGUCCUUGGGGUGGUAUGUAUGUCGAUCAAAACUACUUCAAAUGGUUAGAGUCAUUUUAUGGUCAGAGAGCAGUUGAAAGAUUAAAGAUGGAAGAAAUGGUAGAUUACUUUGAUCUCAUGCGGGAAUUUGAAACGAAGAAAAGAUCAGUCACGUCAAAUUCAGAAGAGUUGGUAAAUUUUCGAGUAGCUGCUAGCUUAAAGGAAAAGUCAGAGGAAGAAGAAAAUACCACUUUACAUGAUAGACUUGCGGCUCUUAACUUGCAAGGGAAAGUAUCUGUUAAAAGAGAUAGAAUGAGAAUUGAUCCGUCAAUCGUUAGAUGUUGGUUCGACGAGCCGAUUGAUAAUAUCAUACAACACAUGAAUGAAAUACUUGCUGAACCACAGAUGCGACAGGUAACUUCAAUUCUUUUAGUUGGCGGGUUUGGGGAAAGUACUUACGUCCAAGACAGAAUUAGAAAGGCGUUUGCGGAGAAGCGAGUUAUAGUUCCUGAAGAAGCGGGGUUAGCUGUUCUUAAAGGAGCUGUGAGGUUUGGUCAUGAGCCUGAUAUUGUUUCUGCCAGAGUGAUGAAUUACACGUAUGGGAUUGUAAUGGCGUUACCUUUUGAUCCUUCGAAACAUCUGUUGUCCCAAAAAAGAGUCAUGAAUGGUGAAGAAGUAGUCGAUAAUAUUUUUGAUAUCUUUGUACGUUCAGGCGAAACAAUAGCACAAGGGCACGUCGUUACACGGGUAUACAGACCAAUUAACUUUGACAAAAGUAAUUUGGAAAUCUAUUGUUCAACAGAUCCUCACCCAGAAUAUGUAACAGAUGCCAGCUGUAAAACACUUGGUCACCUCCUUGUUAAACAUGAAGAAGGUGAGACACUUACUUAAGGACAAAGAUUUCACAGUUUCAUUCGAAUUUGGAGACACCGAGAUCAUUGUCAAAGCCAUAAUCAAAAAAAACAUGUAAAGAUUUCUUCACGACAAUAGACUGUUUAAAUUGAGUCUGUUGUUUUAAAAUGAAUACACUUCGAAUUGAUAAUCAUACACUAGUUCUGAAUUAAUGAACAAUGUAAAACCAUUUCUGCCUUUUGAGGCCGAAAGGUCGAAAAUUUAAAAUUGGUUACAGUGUUCAUUAUUUCACAAUGUUUGACAACAAGAUAAUUUUAGACCUAUUAUCGUCACAUAACGAGGUCUGACAGGCCAAAAAUUAGCAAAGUCAAUGUUUAGGGAAAGAAGCAUUUUAGAUAUCUUAGGACAAGUUAUUGAACUGAAAACAAAAUGACUAUCUAAAUAGUAAACGGGAAAAUUAUGUACAUGUAGUUGUAACGUGGGAAAAGAAAAAAAUAUGCCACGGAGAUCAUGUUAUAAAAACAUAUUUGCCAUAUGCUUUUCUAUAGAGUGAGUGUUUCUACAGUAAAAUCUUAUUUACAUAUUUUGAAUUGGAAACUUUUUCACAUUAUGCAGAAUCGUUUGGUCGGUUUUUUUUUUUUUUUUUGGUUUUUUUACGUUUUUGUUUGGUAUAUUUUUGUUGUUGUUGUUUGUAAUAUAACUGAAUGACUUUGUCUUUUAAAAAGGCUCUACGUUUAUGUGCCUUUUCAAUGAUAACAGAUAUUGAUAAAAAACAGUCUGGUUCAGGUCUACAUACAAAUUGGUAACAUGCAGGACAAAAUUAUGCGGAUUCGAAACCAUGUUCAAUGAAAUGAUCCCCAUGGUAUAUUUGCAUCUAUAUGAUAAUCUUUGCAAUUUCGUCCGAUAUGAUUUAGAUGUUCUUUGAUUCAAUCUAUAUUAAUAAAUAGGUUGCCUGAACGUAUCCUGGAUACUUCGUUCCUUACGAAAUGGACCUAGUAGGUCCUUGAUCCGUCAGGUCUAGUUGUUCUACAAUUAAGCUGGUAAUUAAAUUCCUAACUUAUAGUAUAUAAUAUUAAAAACAUUAGAUAAAUGCAUGAAGGUGAUUUUUUGCGUAAAAAUCAUGUUUGUGGAUUUGCAAUGAAUUUAAUGAGAUAUAAGGAGAAAGUAAGAAUAAAAAUCUCUUCUAUGAUAACUAAGAUUUCUCCUAUUGGAGAAAUAUACAUUUUAGUCAACAUAUGUAGACCUUUUGAAUGUCGCAUUUUUUCCAAAGCAAGGUGCAUUAAAGAAAGUUUUACAAGACUGUUUGAAAUUUCGAAAUACUUCAUUCAAAAUGGUUUAUAUCGUAUAUCUUUCUUUGUUUGAAAUUGCACAAUAUGAAUUUCAUGUAAACUAUCCAAAAUUCCUGUACUUUUGCCUCUUUCUCUAAGUGGAAAACAAACAACCUUAAUUACAAAGUUGCUGAACAAAAGACAUAGACAUCAACAAAUUUAAAAAAGAUAUAUUGACUAGUUGCGUUUGCUGAUCUGCUCAGAGUUUUGGGUAAAAAAUCACAAUUUUAACAAAUUU